AUGUCAGUAAACGAGGAGAGAGAUCAUGACUACAACGACGAUAACAAACACAGUUUAAUGAUGUCGGACAGAAUCUCUCGCUCCGAGGAGGACAGCUCGGAAAAGUCCGCCACUGUGACGCCUCCGUCUAUUGGGGAUGAUCAACUGCCUGUCAACAACUCAGAUCAUCCGUCCCAUGAGAAACCAGCCGGGAAAGAUGUUGAGAAAGAUGGCGCGCCGUUGGACCGGACGCACUCUCAGGCGCAGAAGCUGGGGAAGAAGAAGAUCCUGAUUAUCAUGCCUGCGCUUUGUUUGGUGUUGUUUCUGGCCGCUUUGGAUAUGACGAUCGUUUCAACGGCCCUUCCAACCAUGGCUGCCCAGUUUCACGCCUCAGAAAGUGGUUAUUCAUGGAUGGCUUCCUCGUACCUGCUCGCCAAUGCGGCAUGUAUCACCCUCUGGGGCAAGAUCAGUGACAUCUGGGGCCGUAAGCCGAUACUGCUUAUCGCCAACGUUGUGUUCCUGGUCGGCAGUCUGAUUUGCGCUCUUGCGGUCAGCAUGACCAUGAUGCUGGUUGGACGGGCGAUCCAGGGUGCAGGGGGUGGUGGUAUCAUUGUCUUGGUCAAUAUUUGUGUUACUGAUUUGUUCAGCGUUAGGGAACGGCCCAUGUACUAUGGUCUUUUCGGUGUGACGUGGGCCAUCGCCGGUGCUCUAGGCCCCAUUAUCGGAGGCGCCUUUACGACUGCUGUGACCUGGCGGUGGUGUUUCUACCUAAACUUACCCGUCGGUGGCGUCUCGUUGGCAAUCCUCGUCUUCUUCCUCAAGCUCGAAUCCGGCGGCACGCCGCUGUUUGAGGGCAUCCGAUCUAUCGAUUGGACCGGCACUGUCCUCAUCAUCGGAGGCACGCUCAUGUUCCUCUUCGGGCUGGAGUUCGGCGGCGUCGACUACCCCUGGGCCUCGGCCACAGUCAUCUGCCUGAUCAUCUUUGGCGUGGUGGUCUGGGUCCUAGCGAUGCUCAACGAGUGGAAACUCGCCAAGUACCCUCUGAUCCCUGUGCGACUCUUCAAAAACUGGCACAACCGUCUCGUCCUCAUCGUCUGCUUCUGCCAUGCCUUCGUCUUCAUCGCUGGCUCAUACUACCUCCCGCUCUACUUCCAAACCGUGCUGCAGGCCACCCCCAUCCUCAGCGGCGUCUACGUCCUCCCCCUGGUUCUCAGCCUUUCCAUCGUCUCCGCAGGCACAGGCAUCAUCAUCAAAAAGACAGGCCGCUACCGCGAGCUGAUCGUCGGCGGCCUGGGCCUCAUGACCCUUGGCUUUGGCCUUCUCAUUGACCUCAAAUACUACGCCUCCUGGCCCCGCAUCAUCAUCUACCAGAUCAUCGCCGGCGUAGGCGUCGGUCCGCUCUUCCAGGCACCCCUUGUCGCUUUCCAGGCCAACAUCCACCGCUCCGACAUGGCAACUGCCACCGCGACCUUCGCCUUCAUCCGCCAGGCCUCCUCCGCCAUCGCCGUCGUCCUGGGCACAGUCGUGUACCAGAACGUCCUCGCGCGCCAACUGCCCUCCAUCGAGGCCGCCACAAGCCCCGAAACUGCAGCCACAAUCGCCCACUCCUUCGCAGGCUCCACCGGCUCGCUCGUCAGCUCGCUCCCCGAGUCUGCGCGCGUCGUCGUCCUCCAGGCCUUCACGCACAGCCUCAGCAGACUGUGGAUCUUCUACGCGGCUGUCGGUGGCUUCGGCUUCCUCGUCAGUCUUUUCAUCCAGCCCGUCGAGCUGAGCAAGGCGCAUACCUUUACCAAGACCGGCUUGGCGGAGCAGGAGCGCGCGCGGAAGGAGAUUCUCGAGGAGCAGAAGGCUGCCGCCGCGGCCAGGCGGACGGAUCCGUCGUCUGGUCUGUCGCCAAAGGCGGAGGUAUAA